GACUAUUGUGCCACGUGGCAAGUGGAGAACCAUGAAAAGGUAUGAGAGAGAGAGAAAGAGAUAAACAAGCCAACAUAACAAUUAAGAAUCAUCAAAUUUCUAUUGUUUGUAUCUAAGACAUAAAAUAAGGUUUUGGUGAUAACUAGGUAGCAUUACAAAAAUGUGGUCAUCCUCACAACAAAGCUUCUUCAUCCCCACACCAACCCUUGUUAAUCCAAAGUUCAGAAACAGCAGGAAAACCGUGGUUGUCCACUGCAGUUGCUCACAACCACAACAAGAACAACAAUCUCCAACUCCAUUAAGUAAUAGGAAGAAGAAUGAGAACAAGUUAGGAAAAUUAGCAUUGAUUGCAGUGGCUGCCGGUGUGUUAACGUUUGGAUCAGUUCAUGAUGCAUCAGCUGCCAAAACUGGUGGCAGAAUUGGUGGUCAGUCCUUCAAAUCAGCCGCUCCUCGCAACUCCGGGCCAAGAAUCAACAAUAAUAAUUCCAGGACCAACAUCUAUGUAAAUCCACGGGUGGCGCCUCCACUAGUUGGUGGAUAUGGUUAUGGUGGUAUGCCGUACUAUGGUGGUGGGUACGGAUGGUCUCCAUUUUCUUUCUUUGCACCAGGUCCAAGUGUGGCAGUAGGCAUUGGAGGUGGAUUCGAUUCUAUACUUCUGUUUAUGCUUCUUGGUGCUGGCGCUGCUGUUGUUAGGAAAUUCUUCGGAUCAAGAAAUGUUGACGAUGAUGACGACGAAUACUAGCUUGCUGAUGUUUAAAGGAAUGGAAGAUCAAACAUGUAUGUGACUGAAACAUUUUGUAAUUUGAGCUAUGCAUAUAUGAUUAUACUUGAAAGAGAA